CAACAUUUGUGCAUUUUUUUGCUGUUCUUUCACACCGAUUAUAAACAGUUUUGUACGUUUCAUUACUUAAUUUAAUUUUGUGAGGUAUGGCUAACUACAACAAUCCAAAUGAUUACUCCUGGCAGGGCCAUAAUAACAGCCAGAAUUACUCUUUCAAUACCUCCAAUGCUUUUGGCGAUCAAGCUCAAACAUUGGACUUUCAGAGUUUUCCAACGGACCACCAAGAUUUCUCAUUUGACCAAGCAGGACAGAAUGCAUAUCCUCCAAACAACAACCAAUACUACAACCCAAAUAUGUUCCAACCUGCACCAAUACCCGGCGAGCCAGCAGCAGAAACCAGUGACUUUGAUGAGCCACCUCUGCUUGACGAGCUAGAAAUAUAUCCUGAUAGAAUAUUAGAGAAAACUCUGGCGGUCAUGAAUCCAUUCCAUGGACAAUCAAAAGCUGAUGAUGCAAAUUUCUUGUUAAGAGACACGGAUAUCGCUGGGCCAAUAACAUUUUGUUUAGCAUUGGCCGUGUGUCUAUUUUUAUCAGGAAAUAAAGCUCACUUUGGUUAUGUUUACGGUCUCUCUGUAAUGUCUGUUAUAUUGAUGUAUUCUUUGCUUUCACUGAUGAGCCGUUCUGAAGGUGUGUUUACAUUACUAAGUGUUGCCAGUGUGCUGGGUUACUGUAUGUUACCUAUGGUUGUGCUGGCAGGGUUGGGUAUAUUCAUUUCCUUAGAGGGAACAAUAGGACUUAGCCUGUCAGCUGUGGCUGUAAUUUGGUCUGCCUUAUCUGCAAGCAGGUUGUUUGUGACCAUGUCUGGAGAUGCUGAGCAGAGGCCACUAAUAGCAUAUCCUUGUGCUUUAGUCAAUGGAGUAUUUGCUUUAUUAGUAUUGUUUUAAUUUACACAUAAGUUUACUAGAUACUUCAUGUUUUUACUGACUUAAUAGGAAUAUGUUAUCUAAAGUUAAUCCUUCUAACCGGUAUUCCCAGACAGAAUUGUAGUUUUGUUUGUACUAACCUAUUUUUUGACCACUCUGACAGUAUAACAUGUGUAUUGUGAUGUUUUUGGGCAAAAUGUUGGGGACUUUGUUGGUUGCUUAUAAGAAUUAUUUUUAAUUUCAUCUUUAUGGCAGUUUAGUAACACGGAUCCCUUUGUUUGACAUUAUUAUUGAAAGUUAUAAUAUGAUUGUCAUCAGUAGUCAUAAUUCGGAAACUGUUAACAUUUUUGAAAUUUCGUAAGGUUAUCCCAUCGAUAGGUUAGGUUUGUUUUAUAGCAAUCCUGAAAAGUUAUGCGUUUCUGAGAAAAACCAAAUUAUAAGUAACGAAAAUGCGGACAAACAAUACAUUAUGACUUAAAACUUUAUGGGAAACAACAGAGACCCUUAUUAAUGACUUAUCUUUUGCUAAAAAACAAGAUUUUUUGUUUUGGCAUAAACCACACCCAUACCCAUAAAGCUAACCAGUUAAUAAGUGAAGCAACAAUAUAACUAUCUCCAUCUCUUUUGCUAUUACAAUAAUCAAGUGCCACUGACACUGCCAAAAUUCAGUAAAAAUGGCUUCACUACUCCACUCCAGUAUUCAAAUUCUAGGCUUAUUUUCUAAAUGCCAGGUGGUUACAAAAAUUGGCAGUAUGUUAUGGCAUUUCAUAAUUGAUUAAUGCAAUCAUUUUAUGUCAUUAGUGGUAGUAAACACAGAUCAUAUUUUCUUUGUAAAAUAAUCAUGAUGGCUACCAGCAUCUUAUUUACUCUAAAGAGGCUGAUGAUUGCUAUUGUUAUUCAAUAUAUUUGUAACAAUAUAAAUUUGUACUUUGUAAUGUAAAUAAAUUUCCUAUAUUA